AUGUAAAGAUAUGGGAACUCUUCGGAUAAUCUACCUGGGCUUGAUCACCUUCUUGUUGGCAUUUAUAGCCGAAGGUUACCGCAUUGAAGAAAAGUCAUCAAGCAAGAGUCAUCCUAUGGAAGACAAGAAAGUGUUUUCAUCAAGCAAGAGUCAUCCUAUGGAAGACAAGAAAGUGUUUUCAUCAAGCAAGAGUCAUCCUAUGGAAGACAAGAAAGUGUUUUCAUCAAGCAAGAGUCAUCCUAUGGAAGACAAGAAAGUGUUUUCAUCAAGCAAGAGUCAUCCUAUGGAAGACAAGAAAGUGUUUUCAUCAAGCAAGAGUAAAAAAGUGGAAGACACGAAAAAGAAGACAUCAGGGAAGAAUCAGCUAUUGCAAGACACCAAGAAGUCAUCAGAGAAGAUUAAGCAAUUGCAAGACACCAAGAAGUCAUCAGAGAAGAUUAAGCAAUUGCAAGACACCAAGAAGUCAUCAGAGAAGAUUAAGCAAUUGCAAGACACCAAGAAGUCAUCAGGGAAGAAUCAGCUAUUGCAAGACACCAAGAAGUCAUCAGAAAAGAUUCAGCAAUUGCAAGCCACCGAGAAGUCAUCAGAAAAGAAUCAGCAAUUGCAAGACACCGAGAAGUCAUCAGAAAAGAAUCAGCAAUUGCAAGCCACCGAGAAGUCAUCAGAGAAGAAUCAGCAAUUGCAAGCCACCGAGAAGUCAUCAGAAAAGAAUCAGCAAUUGCAAGACACCGAGAAGUCAUCAGAAAAGAAUCAGCAAUUGCAAGACACCGAAAAUUCAUCAGAAAAGAAUCAGCAAUUGCAAGACACCGAGAAGUCAUCAGAAAAGAAUCAGCAAUUGCAAGCCACCGAGAAGUCAUCAGAGAAGAAUCAACACGUGGAUCAAGGCAAAAACCGAUGGAACAAGCGCGCAGCAAGCAAUUGGGAUCAUACUUGUUACUCUUUCCCAAGUUUCGUAAUAGAAAGACAGCAAAACACUAAAAUGUGUCUCUUUUGGUCUAAAACCGUUAAAACAUUCCCCAACGCCAGAGCAGAUUGUCAAGCUCGUGGGGCGAGACUUGGAGUCUUCAAAGGUCUUGAGAAAAUUACUAUUUUAGCUAGGCAAGGGAUCAGUAUGAAAAGAAACAUUUGGAUUGGUCUAGAUGACAUUAAAAAGGAGGGUACUUUUGUCUGGCAUGACGGAAGUAUUCUUCCCGUCUCGGAGUACCGCUACUUGUACUUUGACUUUAGCCAGCCAGAUAAUGCUCCCGGUGGUCAAGACUGCAUCUACUUCUGGACUCUGCUACGCUAUUUGGACGAUAAUUAUUGCAGUAAAUUUUUAUAUUACGUAUGCGAGAAAGUAAUAAACAUCAAAUAGA